UUUCCAUCAAAAACAGUAAAUUCACUACUCUUCACACUAACAAACAACAAAAGCAUAGUUUGAAAAAGAAUGAGGUUCGUUGCAAUUGCCGCUCUUCUACUCGCCACUACUUCGCAGCUCGUCUCCGGCUACGCCAUCAAGGGCGACACGGUCAACUGCCGUUCGGGUCCGGGAACCUCCAGCAAUGUCGUCCGCACAUACAAGAAAGGAGCUCAAGUGACGCUCUCGUGCCAGACGCCAGGCACAAAGGUCAACGGCAACGAGCUCUGGGACAAGACGCAGCACGGCUGCUACGUGAGCGACUACUACGUCGACACAGGUAACGGCUAUGUGGCCAAGAAGUGCCCCAAGGGAACCGGUGGCAAGCCUGGCGGCUCCUCGAGCGGGUACUGCAAGAGCGUCAACGCCGCCUCGCUCAACCUGAUCAAGGAGUUCGAAGGUUUCGUCAAGAGCCCGGCUCCCGAUCCCAUUGGUCUGCCCACUGUCGGCUACGGCCACCUGUGCCAGUCCAAGGGCUGCAAGGAGGUCAAAUACAAGUUUCCGCUGAGCAAGUCCACCGCCGAGGCUCUGCUCAAGGACGAUAUCCCCAAGUACACGUGCCUGGGCAAGUACCUGAACGGCAAGGUCAAGCUCAACCAGAACCAGUGGGGUGCGCUGGUGUCGUGGGUGUUCAACAUGGGCUGUGGCGCGGCCCAGUCUUCGUCGCUGGUCAAGCGCCUGAAUGCCGGUGAGAACCCAGGCAAGGUCAUUGCUGCUGAGCUGCCCCAGUGGAAGCAUGCUGGUGGCCGUGUUCUGCCUGGUCUUGAGCGUCGCCGUAAGGCUGAGGUCAAGCUUGCCCAGGCGCCUUCGAACAAGCAGGCUUUCCCCAAAUGCGAUUAAGCGCAAAAUCGUAUGUAAAAUAUGCUUG